AUGGGGCUGGUAUCUGUCAUAAAGGCCAUCCUGGCCCGUUCUCUCUUUGCAAUCCACGGCAUCCUCACCGUGUGGCGAGUUACAGACGUCAACUCGAACCCCUUGUUCUAUUUGCUGAUCAUUCCGGUUUGUCUUCUACCAUUUGAGAUGAUGCUUACGCUGAAAGUGACGAAAAACGGAGAGUGGAAAUGGUUUUGCCCAAGUGUGUUCCUGUACCUCGCCAGUGUUGUGCCCGGGCUGUGGCUUCUCAACUUUGACCUUUAUGGAAAACGGAUCGACUACCGAGAUAACAUGAACCUAGAAGAUUGUUCAUCUGAAACAGUGUACAAUUCAUCUUCACUGAGUUUCCACGAUGUAUCAGGGAUGCAGAUUAACAUACCAGUUACUCUAACAGACGACUCUUGGAGCUUGGCCUUGGAGCAAUUCCUUCUUGCUGUUCUUCUCCUGGGAAGAUGGCUCCUCCCCAAGGGCGCCCUCACACGUGACCAGCUCUCACAACUCCUCCUGGUGUACAUCGGUAUGGCGGCUGACAUCUUGGAGUUCUCCUUUGAGACAUUGCUGGAGCAAGCGGUUACCUGUAACCUUUUCUUGAUUAUUUUGAUGCUGGGCAUAUGGAGCUGGAGCUUGCUUCAGUUCACCCUGGUCCUCACCAUGGUGUCUGCCCCGAGAGCCAUGCCAGCUAAGAUCUCUGGGGGCAAAUCUUGCACGGGAUGCUUAGGAUGUUGCGAGAAUGAAAUCUGGGCUCUCUGGAUCACUAUCUUAAUGCAAGACGGGCCAUUCUUGGCUAUGAGACUUUACCUUUUGAUUGAGUUCAAUAUAAGAAACCAGAUGAUGUUGUUCUUUCUUUUCAAGAACUUCCUGGUCAUCAUGCUGCAGUUGUACCGCAUGGCUAUUGUUUGCUGUGCCGAUGAUAACAAAGUCGGCACGGAAGCUGAAGAAAUUUUGGGAAAAGACCAUUACGAAGAAGAUUUAGGCCAACCAUAAAAUGCAUUUCCAUACUGUCAAUUUGUACAAUAAGAGCCAGUUAAGAACUGGCAAUAUUCAUGUUACAAUUAAAAGGAUGACAUUUUGAGUAUAAAAUAAGAUAUUUAACAUUGGUUGUUAAUAGUUGUGAAAGUGAGAUGCUGUCGUUUAUGAUGUGUAAGGAUUACAUGCAUGCACCGACUAGGGCACCAUCUAUAUAUAGCUCUGGUGACAAGAUCAACCUCCGUUUCGAUUUGAUUUUUUGAAGUAAAAGACUUUGUCUUUUUUACAAUACCUAUACGGCCAAAUCAUACUCCUCAUCUUUAAUGAUUGGUAUGUAAUGAAGUUCAAUUCCGACCGAUGUUUAACGAGUGUGCAAUAACAUUAGGUAAGAGUAAACAAGUGUUAAUGUUCACUGAUUUAGGCCUACACAAAACGUAUUUAUAGGCCCUACAUGAUAUACAGAUGGUUAUGGUGGCAAACUCCC